CCACUCUUUCCCUUUCCCUUUCCCUUUCCUUUCCUUUUUCUCUUUCUCUUUCUCUUUCUCUUUCUCUUUCUCUAUCUCUUUGGUCUUUGUGUCCCUUUGUUCACUCUGUUGUUUCUUGCUGUACUGUGUCAGUGACCUGGAAUACCCUUUCUUUCUUUCUUUCUCUCAUUUCUUAUUCCCAUAUCUUCAAUUCUCAUUUUAUUUCUUCUUCUUUUUCAACAGUCAUGUUUGUGUUUAAACGAGCAGGCCGCAAAGAGCGUGUUGCAUUUGACAAGAUUACGGCUAGAAUCGUCAAGCUUUGUUAUGGCCUCGACAUGAACUUUGUGGACCCUGUCCAGGUUACUCAAAAGGUCAUCUCAGGUGUCUAUCAAGGUGUCAGCACUGUUGAACUCGACAACCUCGCUGCGGAAACGGCAGCUUACAUGACCACAAAGCAUCCCGAUUAUGCCAUCCUUGCUGCUCGUAUCGCUGUUUCCAAUCUUCAUAAAGAGACCAAGAAGGUUUUCUCUCAGGUGGUCGAAGAUCUCUACAAGUAUAUUAACCCCAAGACUGGCAAGAAUGCCUCCAUGAUCUCCGAGACAACCUAUAACAAUGUUAUGAAGAAUGCAGAACGCCUCAACUCGGCAAUCAUCUACGAUCGUGACUUCAAUUACAAUUACUUUGGAUUCAAAACCCUUGAGCGCUCUUACCUUCUCCGGAUCAAUGGCAAGGUUGCGGAGAGACCUCAGCAUAUGUUGAUGCGUGUCUCGGUCGGGAUCCAUGGAGAUAAUGUGGACAAGGCUAUUGAGACCUACAAUUACAUGUCUGAAAAAUACUUCACCCAUGCUUCGCCCACGCUCUUCAAUGCUGGAACACCUCGCCCUCAGAUGUCAUCUUGUUUCUUGUUGACGAUGAAGGAUGAUUCGAUCGAGGGUAUCUAUGAUACCCUCAAGACCUGUGCCAUGAUCUCGAAAACCGCUGGAGGCAUUGGUCUUAAUAUUCACAACAUUCGUGCGUCGGGUUCAUACAUUGCUGGAACGAACGGAUAUUCCAAUGGGUUGAUUCCUAUGCUUCGUGUCUACAACAAUACGGCUCGUUAUGUUGAUCAGGGCGGCAACAAGCGUCCUGGUGCCUUUGCCAUGUAUCUCGAACCCUGGCAUGCCGAUGUCUUUGAAUUCCUGGAUCUUCGCAAGAACACUGGAAAGGAGGAGACCCGUGCUCGUGAUUUGUUCUAUGCUCUCUGGAUCCCUGAUCUGUUCAUGAGACGUAUCGAGGAAAACGCUGACUGGAGUCUGUUCUGUCCUGCGGAGGCACCUGGACUUCAAGAUGUGUGGGGCGAAGAAUUCGAGGAACUCUAUCAUCGAUAUGAGCGUGAGGGUCGUGCCCGCAAGACCAUCAAGGCCCAGAAACUCUGGUAUGCUAUUCUGGAGGCCCAGACCGAGACCGGUACGCCUUACAUGCUUUACAAGGAUGCUUGCAACCGUAAAUCGAAUCAACAGAACCUUGGAACGAUCAAGUGCAGUAAUUUGUGUACAGAGAUUGUUGAAUACAGCAGUCCAGACGAAGUAGCGGUCUGUAACUUGGCCAGUAUUGCGCUGCCGACUUUUAUCAAUAAUCAGACGUAUGACUUCAAGAUGCUUCACCAGGUCACCAAGGUCGUGACCCGCAACUUGAACAAGAUUAUUGAUCAGAACUACUAUCCUGUUCCAGAGGCAGAGCGGUCCAACAAGCGUCAUCGUCCUGUGGGUGUGGGUGUCCAGGGUCUAGCGGAUGCAUUCAUCAAGAUGCGCAUGCCCUUUGACUCACCCGAGGCACGUCAGUUGAACAAGCAGAUUUUCGAGACCAUCUAUCAUGCGGCUUUGGAAUCAUCCUGUGAGAUGGCUCAGGAGGAGGGUACUUAUGAGACCUAUGAGGGCUCACCCGUUUCGAAGGGAAUCUUGCAACCGGACAUGUGGGGGGUAACGCCCUCCGAUCUCUGGGACUGGGAUACGCUCCGGGCCAGUAUCAAGCAGCAUGGAGUGCGCAACUCACUCUUGGUGGCACCGAUGCCUACGGCUUCGACCUCACAGAUCCUGGGUUUCAAUGAAUGUUUCGAGCCCUAUACCUCUAAUAUCUACACACGUCGAGUGCUUGCGGGAGAGUUCCAGAUUGUGAAUCCGUGGAUGUUGAAGGACUUGGUGGAGAUGGGACUGUGGAACGAUCAACUGAAGAACCGGAUCAUUGCAGAGAACGGAUCGAUUCAGAGGAUCCCGAGUAUUCCGGAUGAUUUGAAGGCGCUGUACAAGACCACGUGGGAGAUUUCACAAAAGGUGGUAAUUGAUAUGGCAGCGGACCGGGGGGCAUUUAUUGAUCAAUCUCAAUCGAUGAAUAUCCAUAUGGCGGAUGUGAAUUAUGGAAAGUUGACGUCGAUGGCGUUUUAUGGAUGGAAGCGGGGGUUGAAGACGGGGAUGUAUUAUCUUCGAACACGACCGGCUGUGGACGCGAUCAAGUUUACGGUGGAUCAGUUGUCGAUUAAUAAGGAGACGGAGCGGGAGGCGAACGAGGCUGCGAUGGUAUGCUCGAUUGACAAUAAGGAAGCGUGCAUGAGCUGCAGUGGAUAGACAAUUUUUUUAUUAUUGUUAUUAUAUACUAUUGCUAUUACCAUUUUGCUUAGAAGAGAAGAGAAGAGAAGAGAAGAGAAGAGAGAUAGUGCUGAUGUAUUCAGCUUGUUACAUUCAAGGAAAAGAAAAAAAAGAAAC